ACUGUAGAUGCUGGUGAUGCAGCGAAGUUCUACCACAUACUAUGGAACAAUCCAAAGGAAUUUGAUAAAGUCUUGGUACAUUUAGGUGACUUUCACGGGAUGAUGGAAUUUUUCUGUCAUUGGAAAAAUAGUGCAAGAUGCUGGUUUGGAAGAAGUUGUGUACCAAGCAGGACUCUGUACCUCCGGAGGAAUCAAAGGUGUUUUGUCUGGGAAACAUUACAAUCGGAGUUGGAGGAUUCAUGAAUGUUUUGCGGAGGCAAUUGAGAGACUGUUUUGCGAAGCUCUAGUCAGUAGUUGUCCAGAUGAAUUGGAAACAAUGAUUAAGGAGAUCGUAACAGACGUGGAUUGCAAAGAUAUUAUUUCGCAAAGACCAUUCAGAGCGUACGAAGAAGAAUACAUGAAGAAAAAGAUGGAAUGUCUUCAGGGCCACCACGGGAAAACUGCACAAUUCUGGAUGAGCCACUUGGAUCUAAUCGAAAGGCUACACGAACUGCACUUCUCAGUUAACACGAAUGACUUUCAACUGAGACUUCACUGCUGGAGAGAGUUAAUCUCUCUCUGCUUUUCUACCAACAAGCAGAACUAUGCACGUUAUGGCGCAUAUUAUUGCCUUCAGUCUGAGAAUUUGGACAAGACGCACCCAGGUGCACUUAAAGAGCUGAAGGACAAGGGAUUGUUGGUAUGCCGUAAUGAUCUAAACAUCAGACAAAGUAUUGAUGGUGCAGGAGAGCAGACGUUUAUGAAGAGCUCAAAAACCACAGGUGGUAUCAAGAACUUCACAACCCUGGAUAGUGCUUACAAGAAGUGGGUUCUCACACGACCAUGCCAAGCUGAAUAUGUCGACGCACUUCUCAAUCAAGCAGGGGUAAACAAGGUCCAAAAUAACCCGCGAAAGUGUUUACGUCGUUCGCAAAUUACGAAAUCGGAGAAUAACGUCAAGGCCAUUAUAAAUGUGUUAAAGAAUGACUUUAUCGAUCCUUUCAGCACUGACUUGGACCACGAUAAGUUGUACAACCUUGCCUCCGGUAGCUAUUUACCUGAUGACGUAGCAGAGUUCUUGUCUGUUAAAGAGCGUGGAACAUUGUCGAGAGGCACAUUCUUUGAGCGACUAAACUCAGAACGUGCCAAUGAAACCCUUUAUUUCAGUCCCAUAAAACGAGUGGAAUGGAAGAGUUUUACGGACGUAAGUAAGAAGCUAAAAGUUUCGACGAAAGGUAAAUCUAAGGAAAUAACUGUUCAGCGGGACAUUCUUGGUAUUCUUGCUGCCAUGUCACAACAACAGAAUGCUGCGAUCAACAUCGACAAAGCUCUGUGUUACCCCUUUGCACCAGUCCCACUAUCCAUAGCAACAUACGAUGGCAUUAGGAGAAAGACCGCUAAAAGCAUGUUGUUCGAUGCAGCGUUACGAUCAUUGAUUGAAAACGACGCGCAAUUUCCCGACGAUCAAUAUGCUCAUAGAAUCUAUAUUCUAGGUAUCGCAGCUAUUAUUCGAAGUACGGUGAAGGUACCGAACACGUUUAAAGAUGUUACUUUACGACUGUUGUCAGAUCUUCCAAUGCGGUAUAACAUCGUUUACGUUGCAUGUGAUACGUACAGGGAUCGUUCGAUAAAGAACAGUGAACGAGACCUUCGAGGUGAUGGCGACAAGUUUGUUAUUAGAAGUGCGAAUGUGCGCGUAACAGCUGAUUUCAAGAAGUUCCUUGGUAACGGAGACAACAAAGAGCGACUUUUUGAGCUUAUCGAAGAAGUGUGGGUUCGAAAUAGGAACCAACUAGGACAACGUGUUAUAUACUUCGCUAGGGGGGACGCCUGCCUCAAGAUAACAGAAAACGGUUCUUCUUGUGUAAGAGAACUAGCAACAGACCACGAAGAGGCUGAUACUAAGAUCGUGUAUUUGAUUAAACAUGCAUCCUACCAUAGCGAUGGUCAACAAAUAGCCUGUGUGGUACGAUCAAGUUCCGGCGACAUCGAUAUUCCCAUAAUUUUACUUGGAAUGGAGCCAAUCAGCAAUGUGGCAAUCUACAUCGACAACGGUUCUGGAAAGACGCGAAAGCUCCUUCACUUGAACGUGUGUAGUCUAACUAAUCAACAAAAGAAAGCAUUAGUUGGCCUCCAUGCAUUUACCGGAAAUGAUUAUGUGGCAAGCUUUCUACGUAAAGGCAAGCCUUUCUGUUGGAAACAAGUGAGCAAAGAUCCAGAGUUUUUGGACAUUUUUUGCCGGUUGGGAAUGGAAAUGCAUGUUCCUGAGGAGAUUCUUAUUGCCAUGGAAAGAUUUGUAUGCUUCUUGUAUGGAGAGAAGAAAAUCGAACACGUUAACGAGGCAAGCAGCAGCCUACGAAAGCACGUGACCAGAGCUAACUAUGUGGCCAGGCUUUGGAGAAAAGCACAGCAUCCAAUUAUGGCAUUGGAGGAUCCCCAGUUCCAUGGUUGGCUCCCGAACUUGAACAUCGAUUGGAUCGCGGAAGCAUAUCCUGACGACGUUGCCGAGCUACUUGUCGAACGUGAUGAGGAAAGCGAUGAGGAAAGUGAUGACCAAGAAGACAGCAGUUCAGGCGACGACGAAUGA